AUGGAAAACUACACGCUGUGGAGUAAUUUCACCCAAGUUCUCUCAGAUCUAGAUGGGAUGGGUGACGAGGGGGAGGAGGAAGAGGAGGGGCGGGGGCGUGGUCUGCGCAUCCUCCUUGGCUGCAUCCUCUUCCUGCUCAUCGUGUCCACGCUGCUGGGGAACACCCUGGUGUGUGCUGCCGUCAUCAAGUUCCGCCACCUUCGAUCCAAGGUCACCAACUUCUUCGUGAUCUCUCUGGCGGUUUCCGACCUGUUCGUGGCGGUGCUGGUGAUGCCGUGGGAGGCCAUCACAGAGGUGACGGACACCUGGCUGUUUGGAGGCUUCUGUGAUGUGUGGAUCACCUUUGACAUCAUGUGCUCCACAGCCUCCAUACUCAACCUGUGCAUCAUAAGUGUGGACCGCUACUGGGCCAUCGCCAGCCCUUUUAAGUACGAGCGAAAAAUGACCCACCGGGUGGCGUUUGUCAUGAUCGGGGUGGCGUGGAUGCUGUCCAUCCUCAUCUCCUUUAUUCCUGUGCAAAUGAACUGGCACCGGGCUCAGGAGGACAUGGAUGGUGGAACGAUGGAGGGAGUAGGGACCAUAUUGGGCGGGAACUUCACCAACACCAGCCACCUCAACGGCACUACCAUGGCAACCAUGAGCUGUGUGGCCAACCUCAACAAAACCUACGCCAUCUCCUCCUCCCUCAUCAGCUUCUACAUCCCCGUGCUUAUCAUGAUUGCCACGUACACCAGGAUCUAUCGGAUUGCUCAGACCCAAAUUCGCAGAAUCGCAUCUUUGGAACGGGCAGCGGAGCAGGCUCAGAUCCAGGGCUACGGUUUAAACAGGAACCAGCAACAGCUCAGGGCCACCGACGAGGCCUCUCUGAAGUCCUCCUUUAAGAAGGAAACCAAAGUUCUGAAGACGCUGUCCAUCAUCAUGGGGGUCUUUGUGUUUUGCUGGUUGCCCUUCUUCGUCCUGAACUGCACCGUCCCCUUCUGUGACCCGCCGUGUGUCAGCGACACCACCUUCACUGUUUUCGUGUGGUUCGGCUGGGCCAACUCCUCCCUGAACCCGGUCAUCUAUGCCUUCAACGCAGACUUCCGCCGGGCUUUUGCCAGUAUUCUGGGUUGCAACCGCAUCUGCUCCACCAACACAGUGGAAGCUGUGAACUUCAGCAAUGAGCUCGUAUCUUAUCACCAUGACACCACCUUCCACAAGGAGGCAGUGGUACCUGCACAGCCACAGCAGGGCCCUCGUAACCUCAGCAUCGGCCUAGACGACUGCUUGGAGGACAUGAGCGCGCAGUUCGAAGAGGAGUCCAACGUCUCCAAUGAUUCUCCAAGUCAUGACAGGCUUUUGCUGCUUCCUGCCACGGUCCAACUGGAGGACAAUGGAGAGAUUUCCUUAGAAACAAUCACACCGAUUACCUCAGGAGCUGGACUUGAGACUGAGGUUCUUAUACCAGGACAAGUCCAACCAAAUGAGUAA